AUGGCUGGUGAUGGCGAUAAUGUUCAGGGAUUUCUGAGCCUUGAUUGCGGAGCUUCCGAAAGCCACACGGAUGAGAUUGGUAUCCAGUGGACACCAGAUGGCAAGUACAUCAAGACAGGAGUUGAAGCCUCUGUUUCAAGUACGCUGAGGAGGGGAUUGAGUCCAAUCUAUCAGCGCCUUCGCUACUUUCCGGAUACAUCUCGAAAGCACUGCUAUGGACUGCCAGUUCUGGUGGACGAGGUUUACCUUGUAAGACCAAUAUUUUACUAUGGCAACUACGAUGGCCUCGAAUCAUCUCUCAGAGAGUUUGAGAUCCUGAUCGGUGCGAACAAGGUGACUGAUACACAUAUUACAAAAGGAGAACCGUGGUACCACGAGUUUGUCGUGAAGGCUGCUAAUUCGACGCUGGAUUUUUGCCUUGCGAGCAACUCGACAUCACCGGCAAAUGUUCCAUUCAUCUCGGCAAUCGAGCUGCGGAGACUGGAACUUAGCAUGAGCGGAAACCUUUCAGAUUCCAAUGAAGCUAUAGUAGUCUGGAGAAGGAUAAAUCUAGGAGCAACAUCGGAUGCCGAUAUCAGGUUUCCCGAGGAUCCUUACGAUCGAAUGUGGCAAGCCGACACAAACAUUACGAGCUUGGAAAAGUACCAGCGAAUCAGCACGAACUCGACGGUCUCGGCAAGCACGUUUGACAGGCCUCCCUCGGCGGUGAUGAGAACGGCAAUCACCUCGGACUCGGCCAUAGUCUUUACAUUCCCAGCGAAACUUAGAACAUCACUGUACAAAGUCAACUUUUACUUUGCUGAAUUCGCUAAUUUAGGCAACAACACGAGACAGUUCACGAUCUUCUUCAACACCAGCAUGUUUCAAGAUUCACCACUGAUCAUUGACACCGGAAAGGCCGACACUUUGACAUCGACGCAAAUGUACCUCAAGUAUCCGGUGGAACUUUCACAUCCGACGCAGUUUCUUUUUACUCCGACGCGAAACUCAACACUUGGUCCAAUUAUCAAUGCUGCCGAGCUACUCGAGUUCAAAAAUCUCCUCCCAGGGACAGAAUCGGAUGACGGUAAAAGAUCCGCAGCCGAAAAGAAACAUAUUUUCUCAUACUUGAACACAUUGUUUUUUCUUUCUUUUACAGUGCUAGCAAUACGCGAGGUGAUGAACCACUUUAACCUCACUGGAUGGUCAGGGGAUCCUUGCUUGCCUCAUCGUUACACUUGGAGCUGGAUCACCUGCGACUUAGCUCAAAGCCCAGCGAGAAUUACAGAGCUCUAUUUGGAUAACAACGUAUUGACAGGACGAGUUCCAACUUUUAGCUCCUUGAAAAAUCUUACGGUCUUGUCAUUACAGAACAACAGUUUGGAUUGCAUACCACCAGAACUUCAGUUCUCUUUCAAUGCUAAAAGCUUCACUUACAAAGAUAUAAUUAAUACCACAAACAACUUUAAGAAGGUUCUUGGAGAAGGAAGUUUCGGACCAGUGUAUUAUGGCCGACUUCCAGAUGGUACUGAAGUUGCAGUGAAGGUUUUGUCAAGCAGCUCAAGCCAAGGGCAUCAGGAAUUUUACACGGAGAUCGAUAUUCUAUCAGUUGUGCACCACAGAAACCUGGUAACUUUUCUUGGCUAUUGUAAUCAAGGGUCUGAGCUUAUAUUAGUGUAUGAGCUUUUGGUAAAUGGAACAUUGAGGGAGCACUUAUAUGGCACAAACCGCCCAACAUUAAGUUGGAAAACACGGUUGCAAAUUGCUUUAGAGGCUGCUCAAGCAUUGGAGUAUCUUCACACCUCAUGCAAUGUACACAUAAUUCAUCGAGAUAUCAAAACAACGAAUAUACUUUUAAAUUUUGCUAUGGUUGCCAAAGUCAGUGACUUUGGAAUUUCCAAGCUUUCUAACAAAAAUGAAGCAUCACAUGUCUCAACUGCCAUAAAAGGAACUCCAGGAUAUCUUGAUCCAGAGUACCAUUCAUACAACAGGCUCACGGAGAAAUCAGAUGUAUACAGCUUUGGAUUGGUUUUGUUUGAGAUUGCUUCUGGUCGUGAACCAAUCAACCUAUCUCUUCCAGAGGAGCAAAUUGUUCUCUCUACAUGGGUAAGAACACUUUUUUUCACUUUUGUUUUGUUUGACAGCAGCCUUCACUUUCAGGCAUGCAAGGAACUUGAGAAAGGCAACUUGAAAGCGGUAAUAGAUCCAAAGUUAUCAAACUAUAGAGAGCAAUCAGCAUGGAAACUUUUAGAGGUUGCAAUGAGAUGUGUGGAGCACUCCUCCAAGGGAAGGCCUAACAUGAGUAUGGUGGUAACUGAGUUGAGGGAGGCUAUUCAGCUUGAGGAGGAUGGGAGCUUUAGCUCGAGGCAAAACUUCAACAAUGGAAUAUAA